AUGACAGGUAAAGAUCUUCGUUUUGACGACAGUUUUGAAGAUAUAUUGGUUUCAUCGUCUUACAUUCAACGAAAACUUUUUCCUCAAACUGUAGCCACUAGCGCUGAAGAAUUAAUUGAACUUGUCAAGGCAGAUUUUCUUGAAGAAAAAAUGCAAAAUUUAGAAAGUACGGAAACUUUUGUAUUAUGCAUUUCCGUGUUCGGUGACGUAGUAUGGAUAGACGGAGUUGGUAAUUCGAAUUUAACAAAAUUGAUUAAGCAGCCAUUAAGAGAAGGAGAAUUGAUGGAACUGGUCGCUUCAGAUUUUGCUUUAAAUCCAGAUCCAAAAAUUCUUGCUUUCUUAGUUUCAUGCUGGGUUAUUUUCGAUGAUCGUUAUCGUCCAAUUCGUUAUUUUGCUGCUUUAUUUAAAAUUCUUUCAGAUCGCUCUUUUGAUUUAGUACAUGAAUUCCCCUUAGAAAAUCCUCCUACAUUCACAAAAGUUAUAGCAGAAUCGCAGACUGUUAAGGAUCGCAAUUGCUGGCUUAUUUUUACAUCUUCUCAAGCUGCUCGACUAUAUCUUAUUGAUCCACUCUCUUUAGCAGUGGAAGAGGUGGAUUCGAUUGGUGAUAUAUAUCCUGGUUUAGAUCUUGGCGAUUUACCUGGUUCGGUGAUAAGGUCAUCGUGCUUCCAGAGUUGUACCUAUCGUUGGUCACUUUUGGGUUUUGACACUGGUUAUGCAAUAGUAACAACAUUAUCUCUUCAGACCAAUUUCAUCGUCCAUAGGUUACCUUUUUCUGCCCAGAUUGGUUCUAUUGUGUUAUCGUCUUUUUCUAGAAGCAAACUGAAAUUCUCUGGACCAAUAUCUGUGCUGCAAUUUUUGCCCAUAGAAGGCCGUGAAGACAAAAUUCUGGUGCUAAUAUCGUCAACGCUUGGACCGGCAGCUAUCUGGAAUAUUGUAAUGACUGCUGAUAAAAGUCGAUUUGAGUGGAAAAAAUUAAAAGUUUUGUACGAUACUAAGGGGGUCGAUAUGAUAACCUGUUCUUAUACUGGUGCAAAGCUUCUAGGACUUGGCAGCUACGGAGGAGUUUUAUUGAUCUAUAGAAUUUGUGAUUUAAUUUCUGAAAACAUCAAUAUAACUCCGCUAUAUCACAUAAGGCAUAUGACUCCUGUGAUUUCCAUGGUAUUUUUAAACGAUAAAUUUUUGGUUCUUCUAUCUUGCCAAGGCAUGCAUUUAAUGGUAUGUUCUGAAAAAAAAUCGGAUGACAUAUACUUUCCCUAUCUAACGGGAGACCAUUCGAAAUACUCUCAGAACAGUCUAGGAAGUUGA